UGGCGCAAAUGAAAGAGCGACUGAUAAAAUUACGCAAACAUAAGGCAACUUCACUUGCCCGGUGGGUACAAGUCAAUAUUGUAUAGUCAAAACUCUUUCCUUUAUAAAACAAAACUCAUUGCCUCAAAAACCAUAACCACACCAUGGCUCAUCUUCAACCUCUUAACAUCAUUGAGACGAGUCACAUCUCUCCCCCAAACGGUACGGUUCCAUCUACAACUCUUCCUCUUACCUUCUUCGAUGCCCCGUGGCUCACUCUCCCACUCGGCGAGUCUCUCUUCUUCUUCUCUUACUCAAACUCAACCGAAAGUUUCCUCAAAGACUUUGUCCCUAACCUCAAACAAUCACUCUCCAUCACUCUCCAACAAUUUUUCCCUUAUGCCGGCAACCUAAUCACCCCACCACGUCCGGACCCUCCCUACUUGUGCUUCAACGAUGGCGAAGACUCUCUUCUUUUCACAGUCGCAGAGUCUAUUGGCACUGAUUUCGACGAUUUGAUAGCCGAUUCCCCGAAGGAUAUCAGAGUGUUGCAUGACUUCUUGCCCAAGUUACCUACUCCUCAUGUCUCUCCGGAAGGAAUUCAGACGCGGCCAAUAAUGGUGAUCCAAGUCACGGUCUUCCCUGGAAAAGGAGUCUGUAUAGGAAACACCUCUACACAUGUUGCAGGAGAUGGAGUAACCUUCACUCAUUUCAUGAAGUAUUGGAUGUCAUUGACCAAAUCCAACGGCAGUGAUCCUGCCACGCUUAUUCUACCCUCUCCACCAAUUCACAGCUGCAGAACCAUGAUCAAGGAUCCAGGCGAGGUAGCCGCAGGACAUUUGGAGAGGUUUUGGAGCCAAAACUCUGGAAAGCACGGCUCACAUGAUCCUCCUGCGAACAUGGUCAGAGCUACUUUCACAAUUACCCGGAAUCAGAUAGACAAUCUCAAGCAUUGGGUUACAAAACAGUCUACGAUUCCAUCCCCUGUUUCGACCUUCGUGGUGACUCUAGCUUUCACUUGGGUGAGCUUGAUCACGACACUUGUUCAAGACAGUGAAACAGAAGGUAAGGAGGAAGACAAAGACGAAGUCUUUCACUUGAUGAUUAAUGUGGAUUGCAGGAAUCGUCUCAAGUACACAGAACCGAUACCAUCCACAUACUUUGGCAACUGUAUGGCUCCUGGUAUCGUAUCUGUCAAGAAACGAGAUUUGUUAGGAGAAAAAGGCGUGUUGGCUGCUUCAGAAACAAUCACGGCGACGAUCAAAGACAUGUUAGCAAGCGACCUAUUGAAAACAGCACCAACUUGGGGACAAGGAGUACGUAAAUGGGUCAUGUCCCGUUUUCCAACUUCAAUUGCAGGGGCUCCGAAAUUGGGACUGUAUGAUAUGGAUUUCGGGUUAGGAAAGCCUUGCAAAAUGGAGCUGGUGCACAUAGAAGUAGGUGGUUCUAUCGCAUUCUCAGAGUCCAAAGACGGCAGUAAUGGAGUUGAGAUUGGAAUAGCACUGGAGACGAAGAAAAUGGAUGCCUUUGAAUUGAUUCUACAAGAGAACAUCAAAAAGCUCGAAACCUAGCAGCACCUCUCUCGUCCAAGAACUAAAUGUAGCAGAGACAACUUCAUUGUAAUAAAUAAACCUCGCAUAAUAUGAUAGCCCCUUUUUCAUAGGAGAACCUGAGGUAACAAGCUAAUUGAUUCAACUGUUAUUAGGACAAACACAAAAGCAUCAUUCGUACGAAACCCUCUUCCCAUCCAAUAACUUGUAACAUCCAAAUGAUUAAACUUUGGCAGGCAAACACAAAACCACCAUUCAUAAGCCUCAAGAAGCAUUAAAACCAACAGAGCAUAUUCAUUCCACCAAACAUCCAUUCCACAAUGUUGUGUUUGCGAUUAGAUCUCCAAUCUCGUGAAUAAAUAAAACAUUCUAUAUACUCAAUGCAGAACCAGGUAAGAGUACUACGAAAAGAAACUGAAACAACAAACCAAAACAAAACUCAAAUGUAUAUAUCGAAGAGAGUAAUGUAGUGUACUUGUUUAACUCCAGUCUCAUGGUUAGAUGAGAUGAAGCUGAUGAGAACACUGACAAUUUCUGAGUUUUUUCAGACUACAAGCACAAAUAUACAAGUGCAAGUGUAUAGUUUAAACUCAUGCAACAGAAUGAUCGAAUAAAACAAAGGAUGAAUAGUAAAUGGGAAAGUCUCAGUAAAAUCCAUUGAAAUCAAAGAAAUUGCAGCUUCUGCCAAGGGGUUCUCCCUGUAAACAGGGUCUCGGCUCCAAUGCACCUCAUACUACUGGAUUAGAUCCUCAUUGACUAUCCAAAUUCCCAAAUAAAAAACCAGGUAAGAAAACAAAGUAAGAAGAUUUAAGAUUUAGGCUCAGAUAUGAAUACAGCUUUUUCAAUCAAGAAUUAUCUGAAGCAGAACUGGCGUAUCAAGCUGUUAGAAUUAAUCAUCACUGCCAAAAACUUUGGGCUCAUAGUAAGAAAUUCAACCAUGUUUUACCGUAUAUGCUUCAUUGACCACAAUGAAUCUCAGAAGCGCGGGUAAUUUUAUAAUCAUAGCCACCAAGCAAACUCAUCCCAAAAAAAAAAAAAAAAUUCCCAAAGAGAUUUAGCCGCUUUUUUGACACAGAAAAGCCUACAGAACAAGGCGAGCCUGCAACACAAACGGCAAAAAGAAUCUAGCAGAAGCUUUGGGGCUUAGUUCCUCAUGAAUUGUAAUCAGAUUAGCCCGGGAGGCUUCUGCGGACCAUAACGGAACAACACAAAUCUAAAGAUCUAUAAUUGUAAGGGACGGA